AUGACGUACUACCGGUUCGGGCAGCGGCUCAAAAUAACUCGUACCGUGGCUAGAGCAAUGGCACGCUCAUCCGGAAGCAUUCGUAACUCUGCUACCAUUGAAAAGCUGAUGCAGAUCAAUCGAAGUCGCUUUAGCAGCGCUGUGAGACGACCAGUGGCUGCUGCACUGACAACAUUCUUGGACUCGAGUGUUGCAUUUAACACAUCAUCCGAAUUCUUGUACUUUGACGGAGAAGAUGAUGACGGAACGUAA